AUGCCGUCCACCUCCAAGUCCGCACGCUCGCGCUUCUCGAGCCCACUGCACCUCUCCAGCUCACCUUCGAGUCACAACAAAGGGGUCACCACCGAUGGACAGAGGAAAUUCUUGCAGCGCUGGCUGGAACCACCUGUGCAGAACAAAGCAAGCUUCCAGGAAGCAGGAUUGAUGCGAGGCGGUGUCGUCGAGAACAUGGCGCCUCUGGGGACGCUGCCGAAGCAGGCAAAAAAGCUGACACCGGUGGGAGGAGAGGGCACCCCUACUCCUACACCGGGUCCUGUCUCUGCGGUGAAGAAGAUUGUGCUCAAGAAGCCGGCUACGAAACCUGCACAUGUGGAGGAAAGCAUACUGCAGCCUGUUGCCACCAUAGAGUCACCAGAUAGGGAUUCAUUUUCGCCAACGCGCCCCAUCUUCCCCGUAAAUGGACUCGACGAUGAGGACGACGAUGACUAUAUGCCUAUGCCAAAGAAGGCUCCAAAAAGUCGUCGAUCGUCCACUGGGCAGGGCGCGAAUCCCGGUUGUGUUGCUGGUAGUGCAGCACGCCCCGUUCGUGCCGGCCGCCGCAGCACCGCAGCCCUUCAAAAGAGUUCUUCACCUUCGCCCUUGACACAACCCAAGCCCCCCACAAAUGAGAGCCAAUCACGCUCGCAUUCCCAGUCAAUUUCACACUCGUCAAUUCCUGCACAAACAUCUCAACCCGACCGACGAUCCCAUCAAACUCCACAGCCGCAGCCACAGGUGGUCGUCGAACCGGCAACACAAACAGUGACUGGUUUUGCACAUAUCGCCAUGGCUGCGUUCCAGGCUCCCGCUUCGGUUCAAAGACUGCCUGAGAGCAAGGAGUUCGUGGACAACAUUGUGGAAGCUGCUGUCGACGAAGCGCUACGUCACAAUCGCUAUCCAACAGCUUACGCGCUUCGUAGUCUCUACGAUGAGUACCAUGAGAAUCCCCACUUUGUUUCCAUGUUCGAGGACGUUUUUCAUCAAAGAGCGGAUAUUGAUGCCUUGACAGAAUUCAAUCGCCUUGUUCAGACGCGAAAGAAGGAUGGGAAGUUUGAGAACAAAGGUUUUCACUACUGGGUUCCUCCUCCAGCACAUACCCAGCAUCACACACCCCCGAAACCGAUGGCUGCACCUUACGGCCAGUUGCUGAGAAUGGACCUCACUCCAGCAAAAACCAAAGUUACCAGCUUUGAUUUUGAUCAGCAUGUACACAAGAAGCAGAAAAUCGAGGACCAAGACAACGCUUCUGCCGUGGCGGUCAUGGCUUCACUGCCGAGUGCAGGCUCAGCUUACAUUCCUUCCAGUGAUGGGCCUACAAGUCCGCCUCCGGCUCCAACGUCUGCCCCCGACGUCGUUCCUGCCGCUGUUCUACCUGCUGCGCCAACGACAGCUAACGGGGCCCAAGAGACAAAUGGAACACAUGGCAUCAGCAUGGUGAACGGCAUCAACGGCUUCAAGGGUCUCAAGGUCCACAAAUCUCCGCACAAAUCGCCUCACAAAUCUCCGGGAAAGAUAAAGAAGCGGCAGCAGAGAUCUGGGUCCGUGAGCAGCGACUCAUCUCUUUCUAGUGUUCCUGAUGACGCGCUGGUUGAUUACGAUGAUUUUAUGGAUCAGGUGGACGAGGAGCUGGGCGUUUCGCGCCCUAGUACUGCCGAGCCAAAUGAUGCACCAACCCCGGCAAGCUCUUCUCAGCCAAUCAACGCCCGCCAGAAGAGACCCGCGUCCAAAAAGAAGAUCCAGUCCCCCGAACUUGAUCCAUCUCUGGACAUUGCUUCUACUCAUCAUCCUCUACCCUCCCCAGAUCUUGACAUGCCCGUCGCCAUCGCGGUCAACGGCGCAUCUCAUCAACGCAACCAAAAGUAUUUAUUCCACAGCAAGCUAAAGAGCAAAUCUGCUGAGCCAGAUGACUCCCUGCGUCUUAUCGAAAAAAAGGUGAUUGCCAGAGACGGAACACAUGCACUCACGAAAGGGAUCGUGGCAGAUAGCUUUGUUCGUCCUCCGUUGGCAUCAGAUCCCUUUGAGGACAGUCUGCCCACAUUGGCACCUGCCCCCCGUUCUGCACGAACGCCGGCUCCGCCUCUAUCUCUGCGAGCAGUAAGAGCAGCGAAGAGGCACAAUGAGCUUACGGAUGAGGCCAGCUCGCCCACCACUGCUGUACGGGCUGAUCUCGAGCCCCCAUCAUCAGCACGCAGUUCAAGAGCGGCGACGCCGUCAAAUGUGCGUGCCAACAAAAAGCCGCGGGUUGGAUUACGCGUCAAGACAUCCCAUGUGGCACCACAUAAUCCUGCAUUGGGUGGAGGCAAAUCCAAGUUUCAAAAUGAAACCGACUCCUUAGAUUUCAGCAGCGAGUUUUUAUGGCCUAUGAAGAAGAAGGGGACAUCUGCGGGAAUUCCUCGUGGCGGUGGGGAGCGUCCCAGCCCAGUUCUGAACGGGCCUCAACAUGACAAGGAUGAAAACGACGACUCAUGCUAUACCUGCGGCGGCAGUGGUGAGCUUGUCUGUUGCGACGGGUGUAAUUAUUCCUUCCAUUUCCUCUGCAUCGAUCCUCCUAUGGAUGAGAAUAUCAUGCCGGACGACUGGUACUGCAACGAAUGCACGCAUAAGUACUUCCCAGAGAAGCUCACGGGACACCGCGGCGCCUUUGGGACGCUACUGGAUGCUCUUGACAAGAAGAACCCUCGAGCCUUCAGAUUACCACAGGAUAUACGUGAGUUUUUCGAAGGCGUCAAGACAGGCGCCGAUGGAGAGUAUGAGGAGACUACCAGCACCAAGCCCAAGCCGAACAAGAAAGGCUACGAGGAAGCGUUUGACUUCUUCAGGGUCAGAAAUGCAGACAACAAAGCUGUAUUAUGCUACCAAUGCCAUCAAGGUGUCACAGCUAACAGACCAAUCAUUCCCUGUUCUGUCUGCGGGCUUAACUGGCACCUAGACUGCCUUGAUCCUCCUCUAGCUGUACCACCUGUCCUGCGAAACUGGCGGUGUCCUUGUCACGUUGAGGAUGCCUUCAUGGCUGAUCUCGCCCCUGCACACAAAUAUCGUAAGAUCAAGAAUGCGCCCGUCAUUGAGCAGGCCUACAGCCGUGGCAUGCGAAACAAUGGCUGGAUUGAGAUAGAGGAAGAUGACGACGAUGAAGAGGACACCUGGGCAGCGACGCGCAGAGACUUUGGCCGUGUUUACCGAUUGCCGGAGAAGGGCAUCAAACUGGAUUUCCUGUCUCGGGUGCACGAAAACCGAGCCAAAGCUCGCCCAGGAGCACAGUCCCGCUCUUUCGACCCCGCUUUGUCCCUCGCCUCCCGUAGCAUUGAGGAACAACAGGCAGCACUGAACUUGUCUCGGCUCGCUGGCAGCUGUGGUGGUAAUGGCCUGGACCAGCUUGUGAGCACUCUCGUCGCAAACGCUCCUCCUGCUGCUAUCUCCUUGAUUGCGUCGGGUGACGCUACACAUUUUGACAGUGGCAAGUUGGCUCAGACAGAUCAGAACUCUCUACACGCAGUCCUCGCCCAUCUUGAUGCUAUGCGAAAUAACGUGGUCAAACUCAUGGAGAGCAACGCCAUUUCACCCGCUCAGGUGGCAACUCCUCAGAAUAGCCAAAGCGAAGAUUCUGCUAUGCAGCUGGACUAA